GCCGCCGGGGUUGACGCACACCACCUAACACAAGGAGACAAGGAGACAAGAGAAUCGGGAUAAACAUGUUGAACCCCAUGCUACCCGAUGAGGUGGCUGUGAAGCAGGUCCCGAAGCAGCGCUUCUCUGGCGUGAAGGAGCUGUUUGUCUUUCGACACUUCCAAGGCAUUGUUCUGGCGCGUAGGUUGCACUUCGUCGGUCAGGUGUGGAACGUGGUGUGGUCGACGCUGGUGCUUUUCGGGAUCUUGAGGGAGGGAACCGCGCUCGGCAUCAUAGUCGCGAUCAUCGUUUACCCCAUCUUCGUCUUCUACAUGGCCUGCUUCCUCCGGCUCAUGUCCGAGCUGGCCGUGUCCGUGCUGCUCUUGCCGAGUCUCCUUGCUAAGAGCCAAGGAAACGGGGGGAGAGGGGCGGUGGCAGAGCCCGUCGGCGUAGGCGAUGCUGACUUGGCGGCGUACGGUGUUUCUGGUGUUGACGACGCUGGCACGAUAGUAUGACACCGGGAAAGACAUGAAGGAAGGUCCCGUAACCGUGUCGGGAGUUUGUAUGAAUAGGGGCCCCGUGGCAUCAUCCUUUUUCUCGGCGAUGUUUGUUGCGUCCAGGCGACGCCAUGCUCGCCUGCUACAAGCAGUGGUGGUGACACGAUGCAACUUUGUGCCUCCGCAGCAGUAGGGAGCGAAAUUCGUUCGGUGGGUGGGGCUGCCUCUGGUGAAGUGUCGGCUUUAGAGUACCCAAUCUGUGUGUACUUCGCAAGUCUAUUGGUCGAAGC